CAUACUUAAAGCAAAUAUAAAAAAUGAGCUCCCUAUAUUACACAAACUAAUACGUUUGCUUGCGAUAAGAUAAUCAAUACUGCGUUUUGCAACUUGCUUUUUGUUACUUGCUUUGAAUCAAUGUUCAAUCAACUUCGAACCACUGUACGGAUUCGCUUUGCUGAGGAGCUGUGUGGCCGGGAGAAGUCGCCUUCAUUCACUCACGAACCUCACUCAGCCACAGUCGGAUCUACAAAGGGGUCGAACGGAAACCACUGCUCCUCCACCACAAUUACUGCCCUCCAUUGAAGCCACUAUGAACAAGUCCGCGAUGUUUGCCAUCUGCAUGUUGGCCGCUUUGGGAGCCGUGCUUCUGGAGGUGACGGCCAGUCCAGCUGCCACCGCAUCCAAGUUGGAUCCCAGCCAGCUAGGUGGACUUUCGGCCCAGUUCCUACCGCCUGAAUACCGCAACACGAACGUCAGUGCGGAUGACUUAAUGCGGAUUUAUCGCGCAAAGUGCAAGAAAGUGACUGGAGUGGACAAUGCGACCUUCUACGAAGAUGUACAGAAGGCGGCGACCAAAAUGAGCGCCUGCAUCAAUGGGGCGGCCAACUUCAGCACUCUGCAGGAGGAAUUGGAUCUGGCGAUGCCCAAUGGCGAGCUGGACAACGUGUUCCACAAGAAGUGUCAGAAGGUGCCAGAGCUGCAGGCCUGUGUCAAGGAGUUCCAGGAGAAGGCUCAGCUUUGCCUGACCGCCGAGGAGAGGCGACAGCAGGAGAAGGUGAACCGCAUUGGAGCGGCUCUUCUGGGAUUCGCAUGCUCGCGGGGCGGCGAUCAGAUCGCCCUUUUUGUCGCCGAGAAGGGACCCGAGUGCCUGGAGGCCAAUAAGGAGGCCAUCAAUCACUGUUUCAACCAAUCCUUCCAUCAGUACAUCCCCAAGGAUGGUCCGAUUCCCGACCUGAUGAGCAACCCCGAGCUGUUGUUCACGCCCACGCACUGCGUGGACCUGCAGAAGUUCGAGUCCUGUGUCGUUCAUCAUUUGGAGCAGUGCUCUGAGAUCACGCCCGCCAACAUUGUCCAGUCCAUUUUCCGCUUCGUGAAGAACGAAACCGAUUGUCAGGCUUGGAUUGCGGCCCGCAGCAAUGAGAAGCCCAUCCUGCUGGCGGCCUCCACCAACAACACGGCCACCGGGCUCACCUAUUCCUUGGCCAGCACUCUGUUCGGCGCUACAAUGCUUCUGAUGCGGCCCUAAACCAAACCUCCCGAACUCUUGGAACUUGGAAUUAAAUUUUUUUUUUUUUUGUUGCUAUCUUAGUUUUUUGAUAGCCAGUAUCGCUACCAUAUAAUUUAAUGUGAACUAAGAAAUUUCUUAUAAUAAACCAGGUUAUGCCGAACGCGAACCAAAAUGGAAUUACCAAGGCCCCACAAA